AUGUACAGCACCUACAGCGCGACAUUGCUCUCGGAGUUCGCCAAGGCGCUCGUGUCCCUGGUGAUGCUGCUGUCGACGGUGGGCAUAUCCGAGGUCGAGAUCAACUGGUUGUACAUGCGGAGAUAUGCGGUGCCAGGUGCCGUCGCGGUCGCGGAUUUCGUGAACAACAACCUCGUUUUCUUGAUUCAGGAGCGCCUAGAUCCAGCGACGUUCCAGCUCGUGGGUCAGAUGAAAAUCGUCUUCACAGGACGACUGCUCUUCCGGUUCGUCCUUCACCGGAAGCUGACCAAGGUUCAAUACCUGGCCAUCUGGCAGCUUGCCUGCGGCACGGCCGUGAGCCAGAUCCGAAGCUCGAAUUCGGAACGGGCCUCGGCAGCGGAAACGUCCGCCUAUUUUGGUUUCCUGCUGUGCAUGUUUUCUUGCUUGCUCUCGGCGCUGGGCGGCAUCUACACCGAGAAGCUGCUGAAGGACAAGCUGGAGGACAUCCCGCGGCGGCGGACUCGUGGGGAAUAG